AUAAAUUGCUUACAAAAAAAUGAAGCGUUUCUCUCUUUUGUUUUGGUUUAUAUAUGUUCCCCUGCUUUUCCACUCUACAUGCAACUCCAAACACACUGUUUUUGCUUCAGAAAGUGAGAUCGAUCAUAUGGCACUUAUCAAAUUCAAAGAAUCAAUAUCGAGUGACCCAAAUGGAAUCUUGGUUUCUUGGAACACUUCAAUUCACUUCUGCAAUUGGUAUGGAAUCACAUGCCAUCCCACACUUGGAAGGGUUACUGAGCUGAACUUGCAAGGGCACAUGUUGAAAGGGUAUAUAUCUCCUCAUAUAGGUAAUCUCUCUUACACGAGAAGAUUUGAACUUGCAAACAACAGUUUCUAUGGCAAUAUCCCACUAGAAGUGGGAAGAUUGUCCCAAUUGCAGAUAUUUGAUGUUCAAAAUAACACAUUGGUAGGAGAAAUUCCUUUGAAUUUGACACAUUGUACUCAGCUCAGAAGUUUAUAUUUGUAUGGAAACAAUCUGAAGGGAAGAAUACCUACUGAAAUCGGAUUGCUCCGGAACAUUCAGUUUUUGAACUUUGGUCAAAACCAGUUAACAGGACAAAUUCCAUCUUCCAUCGGGAAUCUUUCUUCAAUAACAGAACUCUUUCUUAAUAAUAACAUCUUAAAAGGAGAAAUUCCACAAGAAAUAUGUCAUCUCAAAAGCUUGGUGAUUGUAGCUUUAGGUAUUAACAAUCUGAGUGGAUCAUUUCCCUCCUGUCUUUACAAUGUGUCAUCUCUUAUUCGAAUUAAUUUAGUGGAAAAUCAAUUUAGUGGCCCUCUUUCACCCAACAUGUUCCACUCCCUCCAAAAUCUCCAAGUACUUUUCCUUGCUAACAACAAAUUCUCAGGUCCAAUCCCACCUUCCAUUGCAAAUGCAUCCAGUCUUUCAAUCCUUGGUCUCUCUUUAAACCGUUUUGUGGGAAGAGUUCCAAGUCUUGGAAAACUACAAGAUCUUUAUCACCUAAAUUUGGCUUAUAACAAUUUAGGUCAUUUGCCAAAUUCUUUGGGAAAUUUGUCCACCCAACUAAGUAAAAUAUAUCUCGGAAACAAUGAGAUAUAUGGAGAAAUCCCUGAGGCAAUAGGAAAUUUAGUUGGCUUAACUCUCUUGACAAUGUUUAAUAACCACGUUGAUGGGAUUAUCCCAACAACUUUUGGGAAGUUAACAAUGCUUCAAGCGUUAAGCUUACUGGGAAACAAGUUAUCUGGAAAGAUAGAACCCUGCAUUGGAAACUUAAGUCAAUUGUUUCAUUUGGACCUACGCGCAAAUCGGUUCGAAGGGAGUAUUCCUCCAAGUAUAGGAAAUUGUCAAAUGCUACAUCAUUUAGAUCUUUCACUGAACAAUCUCACAGGAACCAUUCCACCAGAGCUUUUUAAUCUUUCCUCUCUAUUUAGCAAGUUCGAUUUGUCACGUAACUCAUUGAGUGGUAGUAUACCAGAUGAAGUGGGAAAUAUACACAAUAUUAUCUUUCUAGAUAUGUCAAACAAUCAUAUAUCUGGUCACAUUCCUCUUGGUGUUGGAAAAUGCGUAAUGUUAGAGUACCUCUUUUUGCAAGGGAAUUCUUUACAAGGAGUCAUACCAUCUUCUUUGGCAUCACUUAAAAGCAUUACAGUUUUGGACCUCUCACAAAACCAUUUGUCUGGAUCAAUUCCAAAUUUCCUGCAAAACCUUUCUUUCUUGCAGUAUUUGAAUGUAUCUUUUAACGUAUUGGAAGGUGAAGUACCCACUAAAGGUGUCUUUGGAAAUGUAAGUGUAUUGGUGGUGAAUGGAAACAGUAAGCUUUAUGGAGGUAUUUCUGAAUUGCAUCUACCACCAUGCCCUGUUAAAAGUGAGAAACAUGCAAAACACCACAAAUUCAGAUUGAUAGUGGCGAUAUUAAGUGUAGUUGUUUUUCUCAUUGUACUAUCAUCUACCUUUGCUAUCUAUUGGUCGAGGAAAGAGGGGAAGAAACCUUCCCUUAAUUCAUCAACAAUUGACCAACUGGCUAAAGUUUCCUACCAAAGCUUGUACAAUGGAACUGAUGGGUUCUCAACUACAAACUUGAUAGGGUGUGGGAAUUUCAGUUCUGUCUACAAAGGAACUCUUGAGCUCCAAGACAGAGUUGUUGCCAUAAAGGUUCUAAACCUGCAAAGAAAAGGAGCUCACAAGAGCUUCGUGGCCGAAUGUAAUGCACUCAAAAAUAUUAAACAUCGAAAUCUUGUUCAGAUUUUGACAUGUUGUUCCAGCACAGAUUAUAAAGGUCAGGAAUUCAAAGCUUUGAUCUUUGAGUACAUGAGAAAUGGAAGCUUAGAGCAAUGGUUGCAUCCUACCACAACAAGUGUUGAGCAGCCAAGAACAUUGAGCCUUAAGCAAAGAUUAAGUAUCAUGAUUGACGUAGCUUCUGCAUUACAAUAUCUUCAUCAUGAAUGUGAGCAACCGAUCAUUCAUUGUGAUUUGAAGCCAGGCAAUAUCCUUCUUGAUGAUGACAUGAUUGCUCAUGUAAGUGAUUUUGGCAUAGCAAGACUUCUCUCAACAACCAAAGGUAUUACCUCCAAACAAUCAAGUACAUUUGCAAUAAAGGGGACCGUUGGCUAUGUUGCUCCAGAGUAUGGAGUGGGUGCUGAAGUGUCAACUUAUGGCGACAUGUUCAGCUUUGGAAUUCUGAUGUUGGAAAUGCUUACCGGGAGAAGACCAACAGAUGAAAUGUUUGAAGAUGGUCAAAAUAUUUGUAACUUCGUUGCAAUUUCAUUUCCCAGUAAACUUUUUCAAAUUUUAGAUCCGCGACUUAUUCCAAUUGAGGAAAAUGAUUGGAAUCUGAAUCCAGAUGUUGAGAAGUGCCUAGUUUCACUUUUUAGGAUUGGACUUGCCUGUGCCAUGGAAUCACCAAAAGAAAGAAUGGAUGUGGUUGAUGUCAGCAGGGAGCUUCAUCAAAUUAAAAAAGCUUUUGCUAGUUGUUGUGCUUGGAAAUGAUCCUUCAAUGUCCAUACUGUGUCAAGGUGUUGAUACUACAACAAAAACAAUUUUUACUAGAGGUUAUUUAUGGCAUUUUCGGGGGUUUUAUCCCCCGUUAAAAGAGUUUCCAGUGGUUUAUUUUUUUCCUAGAAAAACUAGCGUUGUUAACGGAUUACCGACGGUUUUGACUAACCCCUGGUAAAACGACACUUACCGGCGGUUUUGAAACCCCUGGUAUUUACCGACGGUUUCAAACCCCUGGUAAUUACCGGUGGUUUCAAACCCCUAGUAAUUACUGGCAGUUUUAAAUUCCCUGGUAAUUAUCGGUGGUUUCAAAAUCCCUGGUAAUCCCUAGUAUUUAUCUG